AUGCAAUCACCGUUUACACGGUCAAAGAAACUGAAACGAACACCAGAAAAACAAUCGACAUCUCAUUCUCUACAACCAACACAGCAACAACAGAAAGUAAAGAAAGAUUCCAACAAAUUGGAUGUUCAGUUGAAGGUUUUAGUGAAGCAACGCGAGGCAGUGCGUCGAAAGCUAAGUCGUGUGAGUGCAGCCUUGUGUGAUAGCGAUGAACAACCCAACACCAACGUAAAAAACGUGCGCUUCCUUCAGCUCCAAGAAAAAGCUUUAGCAAACGUGUACAACGAAUGCAAUGAAGUGCAGAAUAAAAUCUACGAAGUAACGCUCUCUGAAGCCGAUGACGAAGAGCAGAACGAUCAGUACAUCGAGUUUGAGAAAGUGUUUAACGAAGUUUCGCUGAAGUUGAGCAUGUGCUUAGAUUCCGUGCCCAAAAUGGAGGCAGCAGCUCCAGUUGUGCCAUCGAUCCUGCCGCAAGCUCAGCCCUACCUUCCACCGUUGAAAGUGCCCUUACCGACGUUCGAUGGAUCGUAUGAGAAGUGGUACUCAUUCAAGGCUAUGUUUACUACCGUAAUGAAUCGAUACCAGCAGGAAGAACCAGCCCUGAAAUUGUUCCAUCUCCGGAACAGUCUGGUCGGAAAGGCGGCAGGUAUCAUCGACGACGAGUUAGUGAACAACAACGAUUAUGAAGCAGCUUGGAAGAUCCUUACGCAACGUUACGAGGAUAAACGGGUUGUCGUAGACAAACACAUAGAGAACCUCUUUGGUCUAACCAAGGUCAGUCGCGACAAUGCAGCAAACUUGCGUAAGGUGAUCGACACCUGUACUAAAAACGUCGAGGCGUUGAAAAAUCAUAGUUUUCCGGUAGACGGUCUUGGUGAGCAAAUGCUGGUAAACCUUAUAGCCAACAAGUUGGAUAAGAAACUACGGGUUGCGUGGGAAACUAAACAAAAGAAAAACGUGUUUUCAACGUAUGCUACAUUGAUCGAGUUUUUGGAGGAGCAAUGUAGGAUUUCCGAGAAGCUAGACACCGGCGUGAAACCUUCGACGGAAGCUGCGAAGCCAAGGGCAGUAUCAAAAACGCUAGUUCUCGGUGAAUCUCAGCAACAGGAAAAGUGUCCAAUAUGCAGCGCCAUGCAUGAACUAAGACACUGUGAGCUUUUCAAGCAGAAGAGUGUCAAUGAAAGGCACGAAAUAGUGAAACGGUUGCGCACGACGAUCAAGUCUCGUGCCGGAGACAUUGUUGCUGAACUGGAUUUUCUAGUGACCCCACGAAUCACUGGUGAACUUCCAUCGAAGUCUUUUGACAUAUCACAGUGGCCCAUCUCGAGCGAACAGGUGCUGGCCGACCCUACCUUCAACAGAAGAGGACCUGUCGAUAUGCUGAUUGGCGCCGAUUGUUUUUGGAAUUUGAUGCAAGAUGGCCGAUGCGAACUCGGUCCUAAUCGACCUGUGCUGCGAUACACGAAGCUAGGUUGGAUAGCCGGCGGUGUGAUUGCGAGUGAUACGACGAUCGUUGCGCGCACACUUUGCCAUACUGCUGACGAUGAGCCGCUCAUCGAUCUACUGAGGAACUUCUACAAGGUAGAAUCCUGCGACGAGCCCCGCUCUUCUCCGAAGGCGGACGAAGAGGUGUGUCUGGAACAUUUCCAACGCACUCACGAGCGAACUGCGGAGGGUCGGUAUGUGGUUCGACAUCCCUUCAACGAACGUAAGGGCGAGUUAGGAGACUCGCGUGAAACGGCGCUGCGACGUUUUCUGGCUCUGGAGAGAAAACUCUACAAGCAGCCGGACCUAAAGGAGCAAUACUCGCAGUUCAUCCGAGAGUACGAGGAACUCGGACACAUGCGCGAGAUUGUGGAAGCACCGAACGAGGAUCCAGGGUCGGUGUUUUAUCUACCUCAUCACUGCGUGCUGAGGCCUUCAAGCACGACAACUAAACUCCGAGUCGUGUUUGACGGGUCGGCGAAGACGUCAACAGGUGUUUCGAUAAACGACGUCUUGAUGACUGGACCAACAGUCCAGAACGACCUCAAUGCAAUUUUGCUUCGUUUCAGAGGUUUUAGAUACGUCUUCACACUCGAUAUUCCGAAGAUGUUUCGUCAGGUGAUCGUCCAUCCGGAAGACACUAGGUACCAGCGAAUCUUUUGGAGGUACAAUCGGAACGAUCCACUUACAGUAAGAGAGCUGCUCACGGUUACGUAUGGCUUGGGACCCUCUCCAUUCCAAGCAACCAUGGCGCUCAAACAAGCUGCAAACGAUCAUCAGGACGAGUUCCCGAGGGCUGCCGAGGUGGUCAACAGAGGAACAUAUAUGGACGAUACACUGACGGGCGCCAAUACACUUGCGGAAGCAUGCCAACUACAACGAGAUGUGACAAAAUUGCUAGCGAAAGCUUGUUUCAGCGCUCAUAAGUGGUGUGCUAAUCAUUCCGAUAUCGUUGCAGGAGUAGCAGAAGAGUUACGAGGAAAUUCUUUUGAGGUUACCGACAACACCUGCAAGACGACCAUUAAGACGUUAGGCAUUACAUGGAAUCCGUUUGAGGAUUGGUUUUCGGUAUCCGUUCCUGACUUCGACAACCUGGAAGGAAUGACUCGGAGAAGACUUCUGAGUCAACUGGCCAAGAUUUUCGACCCGCUUGGAUUCUUUGGGCCAGUAAUUACAUACGCUAAGCUGAUAUUACGAGAGGUCGGCGAACUGAAAAUCGAAUGGGAUGACCCAGUCCCAACCGAAGUCAACGAGAAGUGGCAACACUUCCGAACCGAGAUGACAGCGCUGAGGGAAGUCCGAGUUCCAAGAUGGAUUUCGUGGGAGGAUGUGCUCAAGUUGGAACUGCAAGGGUUCGCUGACGCAUCCGACCAAGCCUAUGGUGCAUGUUUGUACAUACAGGGAUCUUUUGCCAACGAGGAGUCCAGGAUGCAACUGAUUUGCAGUAAGUCCCGAAUUCUACCGAAGAAGAGGAAUCCGAAGGAGAAGGCCAUUACGACUCCUCGAGCUGAACUAUUGGCAGCACUGUUACUAGCAAGAAUGGUCGUAAAGUUCCUGAAUGCUACGGAGCUUCAAAUUGAGUCUGUUCAUCUAUGGAGCGAUUCAAAAAUCGUCUUGUCUUGGCUUAAUAAAUCACCGGAGCUCCUGCAGACGUACGUUUCAAAUCGGGUAAGGGAGAUUCAACAACUCGACCAAUCAUUCCACUGGCAUUACAUUUCCACUUACGAGAAUCCAGCCGAUUUGAUUUCCCGUGGAGUCACGCCUAAGAAAUUGAUAAGUUCAACGAUGUGGUGGCGACCAUGGCCACUGCAAGUCAUCACCAAGAAUGCGGACGAAUUGGAAAUACCAGACAACGAGCUACCAGAAAUGCGAUCUGGAAUGACGUUGACCAUGACUGUUCCUUUCGAACGUUUCGCGAUGUUUGAGAGGUUGAGCAGUUUUACAAAAAUGGUUAGGAGUAUGGCCUACUUGGUGCGUUUUGCUAGGUUCAUCAAGUCACGCAAAACGGAGCUGGUAAAGGGUCGACUCACAGCGAUAGAGAUGCGUACAGCGACGUACGUAAUUGUGCGGAUGGUUCAACGCGAAGCUUUCCAGCCAGACAUCCUCGCGCUGAUGGACGGUGCAAACAGAAACCGUCGACUAAAUGGACUGAAGGCGUUUUGGGAUCCCGACGAUGGCAUUUUACGAGUAGGGGGUAGAAUCAAGCGAGCUCUCAUACCAUACGAUAGUCGUCACCAGAUGCUGCUACCAGCUAAGCAUCCUGUCACCGAGGCACUUAUUCGUGAACUACACAACGACAACUUGCACAUCGGACAAAGAGGUUUGCUUGCAGUUGUACGUCAACGGUACUGGCCACUGAAUGUGAAGAGUAUCAUCCGUAAGGUAAUACGAAAAUGUAUCGUAUGCUUCAAGGCAAAUCCAUUGAAGACGACGCAGAUAAUGGGUGUGGAUUACGCUGGUCCCUUCUUGAUUAAGUCUUCCACAACUCGCAAGCCACAAAUUACGAAGGCCUACGUCUGCUUGUUCGUAUGCUUGCAAACUCGAGCCGUACACGUAGAAUUGGUCUCGGACUGGACGACGGAUGCCUUCCUUGCAAGCUUGCGACGAUUCACCAGCCGUCGCGGAUACCCGAAAACUAUACGUUCUGACAAUGCAACCAACUUUGCAGGGGCCAAAACGGAGUUGCAUGAGCUAUGGCGUAUGUUCCAGAACGAAUGCGCCACGAAGAAGAUCACCGAUUAUUGCACUGACAAGGGUAUUGACUGGUCGUUCAUACCACCUCGAAGUCCGCACUUUGGUGGUAUAUGGGAGGCUGGCGUGAAGCAGGUCAAACACCACUUGAAACGAAUUGUAGGUGAAAGAAAACUAACCUACGAGGAGCUCUACACGACGCUGACACAGAUAGAAGCGGUAUUAAAUUCUCGACCUUUAAUACCGAGCUCUGAUGAUCCGUCCGAAUACACUGCAAUCACCCCAGCACAUUUCCUGAUAGGGAGGGAAUUGCAAACUAUUCCUGAACCUGACUAUUCUAUCCUUAAAGAAAACCGUCUCUCACGAUGGCAGUUGGUGCAGUCUAUGCUGCAACACUUCUGGAGACGGUGGACUGCAGAGUAUCUGCCGGAGCUGCAGAAUCGUUCGAAAUGGUUGAAGCGGAAGGAGAUCAAGGUGGGAUCUCUUGUGCUGCUGAUAGACCAGAAUACACCACCUCUGCAGUGGCCUCUUGGAAGAAUAGCGGCUGUACACCCCGGAGAUGACGGUGCAACGCGCGUCGUUACUGUUAGAAUGUCGAAUGGAGCGGAGUUCAAACGUGCGGUAACCGAAGUCUGUUUGUUGCCGUUAGACGAAGAUGAAGAUUGA